AUGAAAAUUAGUGAAGUCAUACUAAUGUGUUUAAUCUCACUAGUGUCUGCUGGAUCUCUUACAAAAACAGAUGCUUGUGUUUGUAAAUAAAUUUUGAGUUAAAUUGAUUGUAAUGUAUAAAGUGAUUGUCAAUGGAACAGUGUAUCAGCUCAAUGUGAAACACGUAAAUCAACUGAUAUUGAAUCAUACUGUUCUCAGAGCACUAUUUGUCCUAUUAUAGGAUGUGCAUUCUAUAAUAAAAUGUGUAAACCAUUUAGCGGUUGUACAGUUUAUAUUGCUACAACACAUGCUGAUUGUCAGGCUAUCUCACCCUUAUGUACAAGUAAUGGUGAAAAAUGUAUAAAUGUAAGUACAAUUUGUGAUGAUUAUCUUGUUAAAAUAGCUUGUGAAAUUAAUACUUAACAGUAUCCUUGUUUUUGGGAUAGUUAGAAUAAUAAAUGCUAAGAAAUAUCAACAUGUGAUUAAUAUCCAACUACUUAUGAUUCCCAUGAAAAAUGUUAAACAAUGGGAUUAAUUAAGUCAAUUAAAUGCACAGCUAAAGAAACAGGUGGUUGUAUCAAUAUUGAAGAUGAUUGUACUAAAUAUACAGAAAAAGGUUGUGUUAUAAAUUCUUUGGGUAAUUCAUGUUUUUGGGAUAAUGGUACAUGCAAAGAGAAAACAUGUGUCAAUGCUCCAACAACUUAUAUUAAUUAAGCAUAAUGUUAAUAAUAUAUGAGUACAUGUUCAGUUAAUGAGAAUAUGUAAGGUUGUAUGGAUAGUCCUUAAUCAUGUGAAAAUUAUACAAAAGAAGGUUAAUGUAUAUCUGUAAAUGGAUAAAUAUGUUUUUGGUUUUCAAUAACAUGUAGUGAAGGAUAAUAAAAUUGUACUGCUGGUUAAGGAUGUAAAAUAUGGUCAUGUGAAAAUGCAUUGAGUACUACUAAUACUGAUUUAUUAUGCUAGUAAUUUAAGAGUGAAUGUACUGUCAAUGCAUCAAAUAAUGGUUGUAUUAAGAGAGCUAUUACUUGUAAUUUAUAUACAUCAUAAAAUUAAUGUGUAAAAACAUUGGAUGAAUCUUAGAAAUGUUAUUGGAAUGGUACAAGUUGUGUAAAUAUGACUUGUGCAAAUGCUGCUUUGACAACAUAUAAUGAAUCUAAUUGUAAUAGAUUUAUGCCAAUAUGUACAUUAAUUAAUGAUAAAUGUGGAGUCAGAACUUGUAAUACAUAUUUAACAGAAAGUUUAUGUAGUGUAGAUUAUUAAAAUCAAUAAUGUGUUUGGAGUGGUUCUUGUGUUUUAAGGACAUGUUAAAAUGCAGAUGAUGAAUAUAAUACACAUAAUGAAUGUUAGAGUUGGUUGAAAAGUUGUACUGUAUAGAAAGAUUUAACAGGUUGUUAAACUUAAGAAUUAAUUUGUGCUAAUUACUUAAAAUAAGAACAAUGUUAUAUGGCUAAUAAUAAUACAAUUUAAUGUUUAUGGAUAGAUAAUAAAUGUGUAUAAAAGACAUGUAGUACUGCUAGUACUUUAACAUUAACUGAUAAUGAAUGUAAUACAUAUUUAGGAGGGUGUAUGAUAAACAAUAAUCAAGCUGGUUGUAUUGUUAGAAAAACUAAUUGUAACGAUUUAUUAUAAUUUUAAUGCACAUUUACAUCCACAGGUUAAUUAUGUUAUUGGAAUGGAACUUAAUGUGUUGAUAGACAAUGUAUAUAAGCCAAAUAUAAUACUUAUAGGGCUUGUUAAACAUUUUUAUCAACUUGUACUGUUAGUUACACAGGUACAAACUUUGAUGGAUGUACAAAUAAAUUAUCAUUAUGUUCUGAUUAUCAAUAUGAAUAAAAUUGUAUAGAAAGUUUAACAGAAGGCAAAUGUAUUUGGAAUAAAAAAGCAUCUCCUAAUGCAUGUUAAGUGAGAAGUUGUUCUAAUUCAGAUUAAACAACAAGUGAUGCAGCCUGUAAUAAUCAUCUAAAUACAUGUACUGUAAAUGUUGCUAAAACUGGUUGUAUUGAGAGAUAUGAUAAAUGUUCCUCAUUUACAAGUUAAAUUAAUUGCAUAAAAAAUAAAACAGGAGGAGAAUGUUUGUGGUACAAUAAUGCAUGUACAGAUAGAACUUGUGAUAAAGCAGAUAAAACAUUUACAACACAUGAGGCUUGUUAAUCAUAUAGCACUAAAUGUACAACUAAUGGAAAAGGAUGCAUAAAUAUUGAUAUCUGUACUUCUUAUACAUUAAAAUCUGGAUGUGUUAUAGAUAAAAAUAAUUAACAUUGUGCAUUUCAACCUAGUUGCAAUGUAUUAUAAUGUUCAGAUGCUCCCCAAUCUUAUUCAACUGAUGAUGAAUGUAGAAAAUUUAAAAAUGAAUGUACUACAAAUGGAAAUGGAUGUGUAAUAAGAACAACUUGUACAGAUGCAUAUAUCUAAGAAGCUUGUGUUACUGAUUCAACUAAUAAUAAAUGUGCAUGGAUCAAUAAUAGAUGUGUAAAUUUUGGAUGUAGUAGUGCUCCAAGUAAAUAUAUUACAGAGAAAGAAUGUCAACUUUAUAAAUAGGGUUGUACUGUAAAUCAAUCAGGUGGAUGUAUUUAAAAGGGUACUUGUAAAGAUGCUAAAAUAUAAGCAGCAUGUACUACUGAUAAAGAUGGAAAUGAAUGUGAAUUUUCUGCUGCUGGAUGUAGAGAUAAAGUUUGUAGUGAUUACACUUUUACAACUCAUAAAGAAUGUUAAUAAGCAAAAAGUACAUGUACUACAGAUGGAAUUAAAUGUGUUAAUUAAUAAAAUUGUAGUCAAAAAACAAAGAGUGGAUGUUUUUAUGGAAGUGAUGGACCAUGUUUAUGGAUUAAUGAUGCAUGUUAUCCUUAUACAACAUGUUAAUCACUUAUAUUUAGUGAUCAUACAUAAUGUUAUUCAUUUAGUAAUGAAUGCACCACUGAUGGAUUAUCAUGUAUUGCAAUUGAUAAAUGUUCCAAUUUAUCUGAAUAAAGUUGUUAUUAAGGAACAGAUGGUAGAUGUGUAUAUACACCUGAUUCAUUAAAUGGAUAAAGUAAAUGUAAAGUAUAUGAUGGAUGUAAAUCUGCUUUUUUUAAUACUCAUAUUCAAUGUUAACUUAUUGAUCCUACUUGUACAACUGAUGAAGUUAGUUGUAUUGAUUUAUAAGAAUGUACUUCAUAUACUAAAUAAAGUACUUGUAAUAUUGACCAAAAAAGAAAUAAAUGCUAUUAUGAUGAGAAAGAAAAGAAAUGUGUUCAAUUAGAAUGUAAACAUAUAACUUUAACAACACAUCAAGAAUGCUAUGAUAGUUUAUCUACUUGUACUUCAGAUAAUACUAAAUGUAUUAAUAUGGGUAAGUGUGAAACUUAUGCUAGAGAAUAUUGCAAUACUUCAUUAGGUACAGAUGGUAAAUGUUUAUAUGAUCCAAAUAUUAUCAAAUGUCGUCUAGCAUUAUGCACAGAAUUAAAUGAUAAUUGCUCUUAAAUAACUAAUUGUGUUGACAGUGGUAUUGGCUGUGUCAUUAAAUCUACAUGUGAUAAAUAUCAAACUGCUAUUGCAUGUGAAUAAGGAGGAUCUGAUGGAUUAUGUGUAUGGUAUUUAAAUAAUGGAGAAGGUGCUUGUAAAUUAAUGACAUCUUGUUCUGAUGGUUCAUCCAACAAAGAAGCUUGCUUAAAAAAAUCGUGGAAUUGUUAAUGGACUGAAACAUCAACUUAAACAGCCUGUGCUUAACACACAUGCUCAUCUAAAUUUAAAGAAACAGGAAUUUGUUAACCUAUUCUAGAUUUCGAAUAAAAGAAUUAUGAAUUAUGUGCCUUGACUAGUUCCUAAUGUAUUUCCAUGGAAUUUGCAUCAUUAACAGAAGGUAAUUGCUUUUAAGCCACAGCUUAUACUUACACUUGGGAUUCUGUUAAUUCCAGAUGCUUAAAAUGUGGAACAACUUUUACAAAUAACACUAAUAAUCAAACUAAUAAUUCUAAUAACUAAACAAAUUAAAACGAUUCCAGUACCCAAUCCCCUAUAUUAUUAUCAUUCAUAAUAAUGAUUAUUAGUAUAUAUAUAUGA